CAAACCACGCCCACACACUUGUUAUUUGAGCCAGCCCCGCCUCCCCUGCCCCGCCAGAACAAGCCCCGCCUCCAAACCCUGCUCCAAGGGCCCCAGAACCAGCCCCGCGCGCAGCCUCCGGCCCAAUGGCGUCCUCUGGCCUGGACCUGGCCCCUGCCUCCUCCACAAGACGAACCCCACCUCCCUGUCCCUCAGCCCAUUUCGGUCCCGCUCACUCUCUGUGCCCAGCUGCUCCUCAGCUUCCCCGCUGUCCUUGCCACAGCCCACCUGAUGCUGCCCCCCUCAGCCCCUAGCCGCAAUUGGCUUCCCGGGUCUCUCCCGCCUUAUGGCAUCCUCCGCGCCCAGUAGACUGACCCCUCUUGUUCAGGCAGGGCAACUUGAACUCGCCAGCCGAGGACACGAAGCGGGACCAGUCCUCAAUGGCGCGAGUGAAACAAGGCCAGUCCACCCGGUUGAUGCCCGGCGCGAUGGGUACCAGCUUUCCCUCAUGGCACCUGUUUCGGAGUCUCCGGCCGGUUUCGGUGAUGUCCUGCCGGGCGAUGGGAGUCAGGGCCGCGUGGUAGGUGCCGAAGCCUGGGGGGCGACCCAGACCGCCCCAUAGACAGGAGCUGACAACUUGGCCCAUCUGACCCAUGGGCCUGAUGGAGGGCCUUGAAGCCCCUAAAGGAGAUGGGAAGGGGGAAGGGCCACAAGCAGGCAGCUGGAGAACCAGAGGCUCUUGGGGCUGGGCACAGGCAGGCCCUUCACACCGUCUCCCCUGAGCAAACCCAGGGCCAGAAGCAAAGGACACUCACCAAGCACUGCAGGGGUUUAUUGGGGACACCGAAAAGUGUGAAGUAGGCGUUGUCAAAGUCAUCUGAAGAAGAAAAAGGAGGGAAGAGGUAGGUGUCUCCUCUACUUUGGACCCAAGUCCUACUUCUGGGAAUUUAUCCCACAUUAGAGGUACACAACUGGGAAAUGAUAUGAGUAAAAGAUCUACCCAUUUCAACAUUGUUCAUAAGAGAAAAUGGCCGGGAAUAGCUCAAGUGUCUCAUUCAAGGACUUGUUAAAUACACUCUGAUACAUCCUCGCUAUGUAGCUACUUAAAAUAAACAGGAAAUUCUCGAUACAAGACCUCCAAGGUGCAGAAGAGUAUAUGCUGUAUGCUACCUUUUGCUUUAAAGCGUAAAACUGAGGAGAUUGGAGGCAGAGAAGAAUAUACAUUCAGGUCAUCACCUUAACCACGUCAUCAAACUUGGCGUCCCGAAUAGCAGGAUAACAACAUUAUGUGCCUCCUGCUGAAGCACUAUGGCAAGCAUGCAAGAUUCUGGCCAGCGAUGUUUUACCUGGUUAAUCAAGCCUCCCCAUCCAGCUUCUCGUUUACAGAAAACAGUCAAGGCACCCCCACCUCCACACCCAAGCCUCUCAAUGGAUGAAGACUUACUCCUUGGGCCUAUGUGGCCUUUUCACCCCAAAGACGCUCAGGUCCUCCUCCCAUUCACGGCCCAGCUCUGGGACCAUGGCCGACCGGACAGAGCCCAAGGCAGGGGCUACUGAGGUCCUGCCAAGCUGCAGAAGACUCUGGCCCAGAGAGACUCUGCCUGAGUCCUGGAUCUGGAGCUGGAGGGCUGGGGUGUGCCUCCUGCCACUGCUGACUGACAGUUGACAGGCCUCUGCCACCUAGAGUCUCCCAGGAUCACAUGGGGACAUCAAGCUGUUAUUCUCCCACCGGCCACCCUGUGGCUUGGUCAAGGCAUCAGGAUGUGGAGCUGGGUCCAGAGGGUGCUGCCUCAGCCCCCAGGGACCCCUCAGAAGACAAAGAUGGAGGAGGAGGAGGAGGGGGCAGAACCAGAACCAGAGGCGGAGCUGGAACCAGAGCCGGCGCCUAAAACAGCCCCGAAGGAGGCCGAGUUAGGGGACGAAUCCCUGCCACCGGAGGAGCCAUUUGAGGGGGAGGAAGUGGCUGCAGCUGAGCCAGGCCCUCAGGAAACCCAGGAGGCUGCCCCUACUCCACCCACAUCCCUCCAAGCCCAGGUUGCUGUGGUUCCCGAAGUGAACAGCACUCCCAGUGGCUGGGUGCUGACCUGGCUCAAGAAAGGCAUGGAGAAAGUUGUCCCACAGCCGGUCCUCAGCAGCGGGCCAGCCCAGACCACUGCUGCUGGCUUGGAAGGCCCCACCCAGGCAGGAGCACAGAUCCCUGGGCAAUGCAGCAAUGGGAGCUCAGAUGGACUCGAUGUGGCCCCUGGGGCCCAGGACACUGGGCCUGGGCCCUGGCUGCUCAGGUGGCUUGAGCAGAAUCUGGAGAAAGUGCUGCCUCAGCCCCCCCAAAGCUCCAAGGACUGGGGAGAUGAGCCUGCAGAUGCCGCCUUGGGCCCAGACUCCUGCUCUGCCUGCUGCUUAGAGCCCCCAGGACCCCCUUUGGAAAGGGAGCCCAUGCUGCAGGCCCCGGAGAGCCCCAACAUGCCCACUGCUGGCCCCCCGGAGCCCAAGGAAGAGCCAACUUCAGAGCCCCAGGCCACCUUCCAUGCUUCCUCCUUGCCGCCUGCUGGGGACCCUGCCAGGUUGAUGGCUUGGCUCCGGCACAGGCUGGAGAUGGCCCUGCCGCAACCCGUGCUCCAUGGGAAGGCUGGUGAGCAGGAACCUGAUUCCCCUGUGGCGUGUGACGUGCAGACUGUCUGCAUCCUCCCUGGAGGCCAAGAGGAGCCCGAUCUCGUCCUAGAAGAGGUUGACCCUCACUGGGAGGAGGACGAGUAUCAGGACCGGGGCACCAGUCCGCAGGGCUCAGAGGCGGCUCCAGCUUAUGAAGAGGAGAAUGAGGCCAUGGAGGAGAUGCCCAGGGAGCUGCCCCAGAUUCAAGAGGAGAGAGAAGAUGAGGAGGAAGAUGGAGAGGAAGAGGAAGAAGAGGAGGAGGAGGAGCCUAACGUCCUGCUGGAUAGCUGUCUGGUGGCACAGGCUGGCGAGCACCCGAGCGGAGUAGGCAGGACCCAGCCCCAGGAGGCUGCCCACCAGGAGCCACAGGAGGAGGCCGUGGCUGCCAGCCCAGAAGUGCCUGCUACAGAAGAGCACCCGGAAGUGCAGGUGGAAGAUGCCGAUGCUGACGGCCACCCCGUUAUCUUGGAGAACCCUCCCUCGCCCGAGCUGCCGCCACCUUCUCCUGCCAAAUCGGACACCCUUACGGUCCCGGGAUCUGCCUCAGGGACCCAAAGGAAGGGGCCGUCCUCCCAGGAUGAUGAGGCUGAAGAGCUCAAGGCACUGUCGCCAGCUGAGUCUCCCAUGGUCGCCUGGUCAGACCCGUCCAGCCCGCAGGGCACUGAUGGCCAGGACCGCGCAACCUCCACGGCCAGCCAGAACAGCGCCAUCAUCAACGACCGGCUCCAGGAGCUGGUGAAGCUUUUCAAGGAGCGGACAGAGAAGGUGAAGGAGAAGCUCAUCGACCCCGAUGUCACGUCUGAUGAGGAGAGCCCCAAGCCCUCUCCAGCCAAGAAAGCCCCAGAGUCGGCCCCGGCGGUAAAACCCACCGAAGCGGGACAGGCGGAGGAAGAGGAACACUAUUGUGACAUGCUCUGCUGCAAGUUCAAGCGCCGCCCCUGGAGGACGUACAAGUUUCCCCAGAGCAUUGACCCGCUGACCAACCUGAUGUACAUCCUGUGGCUGUUCUUCGUGGUGCUGGCGUGGAAUUGGAACUGCUGGCUGAUUCCUGUGCGCUGGGCCUUCCCCUACCAGACGCCAAACAACAUCCACCUCUGGUUGGCGAUGGAUUAUCUGUGUGACCUCAUCUACUUCCUGGACAUCACUGUGUUCCAGCUGCGCCUGCAGUUUGUCAGAGGGGGAGACAUCAUUACGGACAAGAAGGAGAUGCGCGAUAACUACCUGAAAUCUCGUCGCUUUAAGAUGGACGUGCUCUGCCUCCUGCCCUUGGACUUUCUCUACUUGAAGUUCGGUGUGAAUUCCCUCCUGCGCUUGCCCCGCUGUUUGAAGUACAUGGCCUUCUUCGAGUUUAACAGCCGCCUGGAAUCCAUCCUCAGCAAAGCCUACAUUUACAGGGUGAUCAGGACCACGGCUUACCUGCUCUACAGUCUACAUUUGAACUCAUGUCUGUAUUACUGGGCGUCAGCCUAUCAGGGCAUCGGCUCCACUCACUGGGUUUACGAUGGCGUGGGAAACGGCUACAUUCGCUGUUACUACUGGGCUGUGAAGACCCUCAUCACUAUUGGUGGGCUGCCUGACCCCAAGACACUCUUCGAAAUUAUCUUCCAGGGGCUGAACUAUUUCACCGGUGUCUUUGCUUUCUCUGUGAUGAUCGGACAGAUGAGAGAUGUGGUGGGGGCCGCCACUGCAGGGCAGACCUACUACCGCAGCUGCAUGGACAGCACAGUGAAGUACAUGAACUUCUACAAGAUCCCCAGGUCCGUACAGAACCGUGUCAAGACCUGGUACGAAUACACCUGGCAGUCCCAAGGCAUGCUGGAUGAGUCAGAACUGAUGGUGCAGCUUCCGGACAAGAUGCGGUUAGACCUCGCCAUCGAUGUGAACUAUGACAUUGUCAGUAAAGUGGCUCUCUUCCAGGGCUGUGACCGACAGUUGAUCUUUGACAUGCUGAAGAGGCUUCGUUCUGUCGUCUACCUGCCCAAUGACUAUGUGUGCAAGAAGGGGGAGAUAGGUCGAGAGAUGUACAUCAUCCAGGCAGGACAGGUGCAGGUCUUGGGUGGCCCUGAUGGGAAGGCCGUGCUGGUGACGCUGAAGGCUGGAUCUGUGUUUGGAGAAAUAAGCUUGCUGGCUGUUGGUGGCGGGAAUCGUCGCACCGCCAAUGUGGUCGCCCAUGGGUUCACCAACCUCUUCAUUCUGGAUAAGAAGGACCUGAAUGAAAUUUUGGUGCAUUAUCCCGAGUCUCAGAAGUUACUCCGGAAGAAGGCCAGGCGCAUGCUAAGAAAUAACAACAAGCCCAAGGAGAAGAGCGUGUUCAUCCUUCCUCCCCGGGCAGGCACCCCCAAGCUGUUCAACGCCGCCCUGGCCGUAGCAGGAAAGAUGGGCGCCAAGGGGGCAAAAGCCGGCAAGCUUGCCCACCUGAGGGCCCGGCUCAAGGAAUUGGCUGCGCUGGAGGCAGCAGCGAGGCAGCAGCAGUUGCUGGAACAGGCCAAGAGCUCGCAAGACACUGCGGGAGAGGCGGGAUCCGCCGCCCCAGACCAGCCAGCACCGCCAGAGCCCCCAGCCCGCAGCUCUCCACCACCUGCCUCCCCUGAGAGGCCCGAGGAAGGCAGGGAAGGGGCGGCUGGGCCGGAGGAGCACUCGGUGCAGAUCCGCAUGAGCCCAGGCCCAGAUCCCGGUGAACAGAUCCUGUUGGUGGAGAUCCCGGAGGAGAAGGAGAUCCCGGAGGAGAAGAAGGAGAUCCCCGAGGAGGAGGAGAUCCCGGAGGAGGAGGAGGAGAUCCCGGAGGAGAAGAAGGAGAUCCCGGAGGAGAAGGAGAUCCCGGAGGAGAAGAAGGAGAUCCCGGAGGAGAAGGAGAUCCCCGAAGAGGAGGAGAUCCCGGAGGAAGAGAUCUCGGAGGAGAAGAAGGAGAUCCUGGAGGAGAAGGAGAUCCUCGAGGAGGAGGAGAUCCCCAAGGAGAAGAAGGAGAUCCCCGAGGAGAAGGAGACCCCGGAGGAGAAGAAGGAGAUCCCAGGAGAGAAGCAGGAGGCCGAGUGAGGCUGCCGCCAGCGAGCCGCUUCUGGCAGGUGCAGGCGCGUCCCGAGCAACGCGCCCCUCUCCUACAGGCCCAGACUCCCGGACUCAGUAGCGUCUGUCAUUCUGGCCCAGCGGGCUUCUGCCAAGGCUGGUUUUGAAGUCAACAAAUGUCGUUAGUGUCCCUGAGUUCCCACCAUCACCUGAGAACCCUACCUCUUCCGACUGUUAUUUUUAAAAACAAAAUUCUUUUCUAUUUAAAAAGUUUGUGGGGAAAGGCUAGACAGAAUGGGACUCCAACCCUCCGGGAAGCUUUGUUGGAGACUAAAGGGUUAUUGAAUGUUUGGGUUUCAACCUCCCACAUUUCAAGGAUAGAAAACCUGCCAGCAGGUGGGAAGCCUGGCUGGCUCAGUGGGUAGAACAUGGGACCCUUGAUCUCAAGGUUGUGAGUUCAAGCCCCACAUUGGGUGUAGAGAUUAAAACAAAAACAGCUUGUCAGCAGAAGGGUAGUUAUGCUCUGCUGCUCAUUUGACUAAAUGGGAACUGUGGCUCACCUGACCUGAUUAGGGACAGGAUGCCCAUUAGGGUAGUUAAGCAUGGAUCUGUCCCCGGGUUGCAUUCAGUUCUGAGUCCGAUGCCAUCACCUAGUUCUGGUCUGCAGGGAUUCAUGCUUGCUUACUUUAACACCCUUGCCAUAGAGAUGAUGGUGGCAACUUCCAUUAAUCCUAGAAGACAAAAUUACAGCUGACACCACUGAAGUUCCUGAUGCUUCCCCAGAUCAAGUCAAGUCAUGUUGCUUUAAUGAUUCAAAAUAAAAGGGGGGGAGGUGGGAUGGGGAGGAGUCCUCAGUCACUGAAUAUUGGGAGGAUUUCAUUUGCAUAUCUAAUGGCUCUUGGGGGAGUGGGUGAUUAAACACAAAAACCCGUCCUGGGGCCAUUUGUUUCCACCAGCAACAAUGAACACAAAAAGCCCCGGAAUUCCAAUAGGUACUGCCCAUUUUAUAUAAAAUUGCAGGACAUUGUGAACUGCUGAAGAGGCCUUUGAGGGCUUACAAAUGUGUGUAUUUGUCUAUCGGCCUAAAACCAGAACAUUCAUUUCCCCUGUGAAAAAAAUGAAACAAUAUGGGAGUUCUCAGCCUGGUCUAAACACUUCCAAAUCCCAGGGUAACAAACAGAUUUCUCUAGUUGAUGACAUACCAUGUGAUCUGAGUAAUCACAUUGUAUAUAGUGAUGAGCAGCAUUAUUUUAGCCUUUUAAAAAGCUUUUAUUAAUUUAUUUUAAUAAAUGUUUAUGGGUAUGAAAGGCUACCUAGUUAAAAUGAUCCCUCCUACCCCUGGUGCCCAACCUCCCUGGUCCCCUUCCUGGAAGCAACCACUAUUAUCAAUUUCUCAUGCUUUUCCUUUUUUUUUUUUUUUUUUCUUUCACAAAUAAUAUACUAGAGCUGCUGUUGUUUUUCAUUUGAUAUAUUCUGAAGAUUCUUCUUACUAUAUAGAGGGGAUGCUUAUUUUUCAUGCCUACAAUCUAGUCCAUUGUCUGCAAGUAUCAUAACAUUUAACGGCUCUCCAAUUGACAGGCAUUUGCCAUGUUUUCAAUCUUAUGCUGUUAAGAAAUAGUGCUGCAAUU